AUGCUGAUGCAUUAUUUUAUAAAAUUUUGCCAGGUGAAUGAAACACUCAACAAUCCACCGGCUCCUCGAGCAGCAGCACGUGGUGGUAACGAAAGAGCUUCGGCAUCAUCGUUUGGCAGUUUAGCAGCAUUGAGUGGAGCAGGCACGGACAGCGCUGAACUUGGGGCUCUGGGCAACCUGGAUCGCAAUCAACUUAUGCAGCUUCUUUCGUUCAUGAAUCACUCCGGAGGAGGAAGUGCAUCGAGCAGCGAUACGGCCGGCCUGUUACCGCAUCUUCCAGUUCUCACUGAUGCUCCUCAUGCAGGAGGAUCGGAAGGAAGUGGAGCGGCUUCAACUCAGGUAGCUACACCAUCCAAUACUCCUUCGAAUGGGACCGUUUCCGGAGGUCCAUCAAACAAUGCAGUGCGACUAUCACAGCUCAAAGAAAUUAUCGCAAGUAUAACUCCACCGGAUGCAGCCACGAAAAAACCUCCAAUCGACUUAGCUGAGGUACUGUGCUGUGCUGAUAAAAUCAUUGAUACUGUACGUAAAUAUGCUGAUCGCCUGAUCCCUCAUUUACCCAAUCAGAAACCGACAUAUACUGAUGAGGAGGAGCUGGAGCACACAUUACGGGCUCCACAGUUCCGACAAGCAGUUAAUUUGUUUGGUCAAGCGUUGCAAGCAGGACAGAUAGGUCCAGUGUUUCAACAGUUCGGCAUCGAUCUGAAUUUGGCUACGCUUGGUGGAUUUGGAAGUAUCUUUUUUGUUUACUCUUUUUUUGAGACUUAUAUGGUCACGUGGGCGACGCAUUUUACGAGGACUGAAGGCGCAAAGGUACCUGCACCUGCUACCGCGACGCCAGCACCUGCUACCGCGACGCCGGCACCUGCUACCGCGACACCAGCACCGGCAGCCACGACAUCGCGUGAUAGUAAGUUGCCAGUCCUAACGUCUCAGGGCAAAAGCAUAUUUCUUACACUACUUACUACCAGUUCUUGUCACGCUUUUUAUGUCCAAAAAAAAUGA